UUGUGGGUAUAAUUACAUUGACUAGCUAGCUAGGCCUCAACUCACUUUUCGCACCAAAAGUAUAGAGGUGGCACCUAAUUAAUCUCAUUCAAGUUAGUAUCUCAUAAAUCUGCAAUCCAUAUGAAUGUAUGCAACUAUAUAUAUGUAUGUUGUUAUCUUUGCAGAGUGAACAUUUAUACUUUGCCAUGUCCAUGGCAGCCAACAUAUCAUCUAUGGCGAAGCAAAUUCCUACAGUGACCACUCUGCUCCUUCUCUUCUUCGUCAUUUUAAGAGAAGUGGAAGGAGCUGAAAGGUUAGGUGAGGUAAAACUAUUUGUGUUUGGAGACUCUUAUGUUGACACGGGGAAUUUGGUGAACUCAAUUUCGUAUAAGCCUCCUAGUGGAAUUACUUUCCCUGGUACACCUGCUGGAAGGUUCUCUAAUGGAUGUGUCCUCACAGAUUACAUUGCUUCAUUUUUGAAAAUAAAAUCCCCGAUACCUUAUGUAUUUAGGAAUUCCUCGAACCUACAAUAUGGUAUAAACUUUGCUCAUGGAGGAACUGGUAUUUUCAACACUUUGGAUAAUGAACCAAACAUGACUGUCCAAAUUGACUGGUUUGAGAAGCUAAUCCAACAAAAAAUCUACACUAAAGCUGACCUUGAGUCUUCAGUUGCUCUAGUCAAUUCUGCUGGAAACGACUAUGCUACAUUUCUACAAAGAAAACAAAGACGCAUGCAAGACAUACCAGUUUUUACUGCAUCACUUAUCCAGCAAAUGUCUAUAAAUCUGAGACGCAUCCACAGCUUGGGAAUAAAUAAGAUAGCAGUGGGGUUAUUAGAGCCUAUAGGGUGCAUGCCUAUGCUAACUGCGAUAUCUUCCUAUGAGAAAUGCCUUGAACCUUUCAAUUUAAUCUCCCAAAAUCACAGUCAAAUGCUUCUCCAAAUUACUCAAGAACUUAACAAGGAAUUGGGAAAACCAGUCUUUGUGACACUGGACCUAUACAACUCUUUCCUCUCUGUACUUGCAACCAUGCAGAAAAGGCGUUCUGACGACCCAACAUUGAUGAAUCCACUUGAACCAUGUUGUGAGGGAGUGAGCAGGGAAUAUUACUGUGGAAGUGUGGAUGAGAAAGGAGAGAAGAAAUACGGUUUGUGUGAAAAACCAGAGUUUUCAUUCUUUUGGGAGGGAGCUCACCUUUCUCAAAAUGGUUGGUACGGAGUAUAUACCAUCUUGUAUUCUUCUCUUCGCAGCCUUAUUCAGACAAAACUUUGAUCUUUCAGGAAUUUAUGCUAUCUUAUCCUUAGCUUUCUACAAACAUUACAACUCGCUAUUCAGAUCAUGAAAUGAUAAAGGACCACGUAAAAGU